AUGUUCGAAGCACAUGUUUUGCAUUUGCUUCGAAGAUAUUUGGGCGAAUAUGUCCAUGGACUGUCGUCCGAGGCCUUGAGGAUUAGUGUUUGGAAAGGUGAUGUAGUUCUCAAAGACUUGAAACUAAAAGCAGAGGCGCUGAAUUCACUAAAACUUCCUGUUACAGUGAAAGCUGGUUUCCUUGGUACUAUAACAUUGAAGGUUCCUUGGAAAAGUCUUGGUAAGGAGCCCGUCAUUGUGCUAAUUGAUCAGGUUUUCAUUCUUGCUCAUCCUGCGCCUGAUGGAAGGUCUCUAAAGGAAGAGGACCAGGAAAAGCUUUUUGAGGCCAAACUUCAACAAAUCGAGGAAGCAGAAGCAGCGACCCUCGAAGCAUUAUCUAGAUCAAACAAGGGAAAUCCAUCAAGUGGAAAUUCUUGGCUGGGCUCACUUAUUUCUACAAUUAUUGGAAAUCUCAAGAUAACCAUUAGUAAUGUUCAUAUUAGAUAUGAAGAUUCCGCGAGCAAUCCUGGGCAUCCAUUUUCUUGUGGUAUUACCUUGGCGAAGCUGGCUGCAGUGACGAUGGAUGAGCAGGGAAAUGAAACCUUCGACACAAGUGGUGCGUUGGAUAAAUUGCGCAAGUCAUUGCAACUUGAAAGGCUUGCAAUUUACCAUGAUUCAAACCGUGAUCCAUGGAUGUUGGAGAAGAGAUGGGAGGAUCUUAGCCCUAAGGAGUGGAUUGAGAUCUUUGAAGAUGGUAUAAAUGAAUCUGCAAAUGCAAAUGGCAAUACUAUGAUGUCUUCCUGGUCUCAGGACCGCAGCUAUUUAGUUUCACCUAUCUAUGGCGUUCUUCAAUAUCAUCGUCUGGGGAACCAAGAGAGAAACGAUCCCAGUGUUCCUUUUGAGAAGGCUUCCCUUGUUUUGAAUGAUGUUUCUUUGACAAUCACCGAGGCUCAGUAUCAUGACUGGAUAAGACUUAUGGAGGUCAUUUCAAGAUAUAAGAUGUACAUUGAAGUUUCUCAUUUGAGACCUACAGUGCCUAUUUCAGAGAGUGCCACAUUAUGGUGGCAUUAUGCAGCUCAAGCUGGAUUGCAGCAGAAAAAAAUGUGUUAUCGAUUUUCUUGGGACCAAAUCCAACGUCUAUGUCAUCUUCGUCGGCUCUAUGUGCAGUUGUAUGCUAAUUACUUGCAGCAGUUACUGAAUCUUGAUAAUUCGGAGAUUAGAGAUAUUGAGAGAGAUCUUGAUCCUAAAGUUAUUCUAUUGUGGAGGUUUCUUGCCCAUGCUAAGGUCAAAUCUGUUAAGUCGAAGGAGGCAGCUGAACAGAGGAUGGUUAGAAAGAGAACCUGGUUUUCUUUUAGAUGGGGAAAUCCUUCUGAGGAGGACUCCGCAGAGAAUUCUGCAAUGGACACUUCAUCUCUGUCAGUAGAGGAAAGAUUGAGUAAAGAAGAAUGGGAAGCAAUCAAUAAAAUACUGAGCUACCAGCCAGAUGAGGAUUUGUCAUUACAUGUCAGGAAGGAUAUACAGAAUAUGAUACAAUAUAUGAUAAUUGUAUCUAUCAGUAAAGUGGCUGCCCGGAUCAUCAAUAUUAACCACACUGAGAUUGUUUGUGGUAGAUUCGAGAAUCUCCAUAUAUCCACUAAGUUCAAACAUCGGAGCACCCUCUGUGAUGUAACACUAAAAUAUUAUGGAUUAUCUGCUCCUGAAGGAUCACUUGUGCAGAGUGUCUACAGUGAGCAGAAGGUGAAUGCAUUGGCAGCUAGUUUUGUGCACACACCAGCUGGAGAAAAUAUAGACUGGAGGCUUUCAGCAACAAUUUCUCCCUGUCAUGUUACGGUUUUCAUGGAAAGCUAUGAUCGCUUUUUAGACUUUGUGAAGAGGAGCAAUGCGAUUAGCCCUACUGUUGCAUUGGAAACUGCAACUGCUCUGCAGCAUAAGAUUGAGAAGGUUACUCGGAGAGCUCAGGAGCAAUUUCAACUGGUUUUAGAAGAGCAGUCCAGGUUUGCUCUUGACAUUGAUCUUGAUGCUCCUAAAGUGAGAGUUCCUAUAAGAUCGCGUACCUCUGCUACAAGCAAUAGCUAUCUUCUUUUGGAUUUUGGCAAUUUUACAUUGCACACAAAGGAGGAUGGUCAGCUUAAUGAUCAGGGCCAGAGUCUAUAUUCUCGCUUUUAUGUCUAUGGGAGGGAUAUAGCUGCCUUUUUUACGAAUUGUAGCUCUGAGAUACAGUCUUCCACUUUGGCAUCCCAUCCUCCUGGAUCUCCAUGUUUGGAAGAUGCUGAGAACUUCUAUUCCCUUAUUGAUAGGUGUGGAAUGGCUGUAAUUUUAGAUCAGAUUAAGGUACCUCAUCCAAAUCACCCAUCUACACGUGUAUAUGUUCAAGUACCAAGCCUUGGCAUCCACUUUUCUCCAGCCAGAUAUUGCAGGCUUAUGGAGUUAUUGAACAUACUUUAUGGUGCAAUGCCUAAUGCUGAGCAGCCUGCUGUUGGAAACAUGCAAACUGAACUUGCCCCUUGGAAUCCUCCUGAUCUGGCAACUGAGGCUAGAAUCCUUAUUUGGAAGGGCAUUGGCUAUUCCAUUGCUGCAUGGCAACCCUGUUUUCUUGUCUUGUCUGGAUUGCACCUUUACGUGUUGGAGUCUCAAAUGUCCCACAAUUAUCAACGCUGCUCAAGCAUGUCCGGUAAACAAGUGUAUGAAGUUCCGCCAAUGAAUAUUGGAGGUUCAGAGCUCUGUAUUGCUGUGAGUGCUAGAGGCAUCGAUACCCAGAAGGCUCUGGAGUCUUUUAGCACUCUGAUUAUAGAGUUUCCGAACAAGGAGGAGAAGGCGACGUGGUUGAGAGGGCUCAUACAAACUACAUAUCGAGCUUCUGCUCCUCCUUCUGUUGCUAUACCUGGAGUACCAAGAGAUUAUGAAUCAAAGUUUGCUGAAACUCCAACAACUAAUGCAAAUGUAGCUGAUCUUGUUGUCAGUGGGACAUUGAUAGAAACAAAGUUGUCUUUAUAUGGAAAGGUUGGAGAUGAGGAGCACGAGCGGAUUGAUGAGAUUCUUAUCCUUGAAGUCCUUGCUGGUGGAGGGAAGGUACAUGUCUCACGUUGUUUAGGUGACUUGACAGUAAAGAUGAAGCUGCAUUCUUUGAAAAUUAUGGAUGAACUUCAGGGUUCUGCAUCUUCACGUUCACAGUAUUUGGCAUGUUCAGUAACGACAGAUAUUUACUCUCUUCCAUGCCCUAAUAUCUCAGAACCCCAUGGGAAAGACCCUUCUAUGGUGACAAAUGAAGAUGAAGAUAUCUUCAAGGAUGCCUUGCCAGAUUUCAUGUCUUUACCUGAUUCAGCUGAAGCAGUCCAUGAGAUGGAUCAGUCAAAGGGAAUUAUUCGUCCUGCUGAUGUUUUUUAUGAGGCACUGGGCUCUGAUGAUUCUGAUUUUGUCUCUCUCACAUUUCUGAUACGAAAUCCUGAAUGCCCUGAUUAUGAUGGUAUAGAUACACAGAUGAGCAUAAAGAUGUCCAGGUUGGAAUUCUAUUGCAACAGACCAACUCUUGUUGCUUUGAUCAACUUUGGAUUUGAUCUAAGUUCUGCAAAUAGUGGGUUUAAUGACAAAAAUGAAAGAGAUCCAGAUGACGAAUCUUCAGAAAACAAAGACAAGACAGAAGAACAUGGGAGUGUAUCUGUUAAAGGAUUGUUAGGUUAUGGUAAAGGUCGGCUUGUUUUUUAUUUGAACAUGAAUGUCAAUAGUGUGGCUGUGUAUCUUAAUAAGGAGGAUGGUUCUCGACUUGCAAUGUUUGUGCAAGAAAGUUUUUUGUUGGAUAUCAAGGUUUAUCCGAGUUCUACUUCCAUAGGAGGCACUUUAGGAAACUUCAGGCUGUGUGAUCUGUUGCUGGGAUCAGAUCACUGUUGGGGUUGGCUUUGUGAUCUACGCAAUCAAGAAGCUGAAUCCCUAAUACAGUUUACAUUCAAUUCCUACAGCGUGGAAGACGAUGAUUAUGAAGGUUAUGACUAUAGUUUGACUGGACGGCUUUCUGCAGUCCGUAUUGUGUUUCUUUACAGAUUUGUUCAAGAGAUAACUGCAUACUUCAUGGAGCUUGCCACUCCACACACUGAGGAAGCAAUUAAACUCGUGGAUAAAGUUGGAGGGAUAGAAUGGUUGAUUCAGAAAUAUGAGGUUGACGGAGCCUCUGCAAUAAAGCUGGACCUUGCAUUGGACACUCCUAUAAUAAUAGUUCCAAGAAAUUCACUGAGCAAAGAUUACAUGCAACUAGAUCUUGGCCAUCUACGUGUCAGAAAUGAAUUCAGUUGGCAUGGAUGUUCUGAGAAAGAUCCUUCUGCUGUUCAUCUUGAUGUUCUUGAUGCAGAGAUUUUGGGAAUCAACAUGGCAGUAGGAAUUAAUGGCUCUAUUGGAAAACCAAUGAUACAGGAAGGCAGAGAAAUUCAUGUUUAUGUUAGGCGCAGUUUAAGAGAUAUCUUCCGUAAAGUCCCAACAUUUGCUCUGGAAGUGAAGGUGGGCUUAUUGCAUGCUGUGAUGUCAGACAAGGAAUAUAAUGUUAUUCUUGAUUGUUUCUACAUGAAUUUGUGCGAACAGCCAAGUCUUCCUCCUAGUUUUCGCAGCAGCAAGAGUACUACAAAAGAUACAAUAAGACUGCUUGCGGAUAAGGUAAACAUGAAUAGCCAGGUCCUUUUGUCGCGUACAGUUACUAUAAUGGCUGUUGAGGUUGACUAUGCAGUGCUAGAGCUUUGCAAUGGGGCUGAUGAGGAAUCACCUUUAGCUCAUGUUGUUCUUGAAGGUCUUUGGGUGUCAUAUCGGAUGACAUCAUUUUCAGAAGCAGACCUCUACAUUACAAUCCCCAAGUUUUCUAUUCUAGACAUUCGUCCCAAUACAAAGCCUGAAAUGCACCUGAUGCUUGGUUCCUGUGCCGAUGCCCCAAAACAGAUUUUUCCUGAACUAAAUGUUGAUUUACCAAACUCAACAAUGUUUUUGAUGGACAGCAGAUGGAGACCGUCGUCCCAGUCGUUUGUAGUUCGGAUUCAGCAGCCUCGGGUUCUUGUUGUUCCUGAUUUUCUUCUCACUGUCUGUGAGUUUUUUGUGCCAGCUUUAGGAACCAUAACAGGCAGAGAUGAGAUGAUGGAUCCCAAGAAUGAUCCAAUUUCUAAGAACAACAGCAUAGUUCUUUCUGGCCCUUUUUACAAACAGAUGGAAGAUAUAGUGCAAUUAUCCCCAAGUCGACAGUUAGUAGCAGAUGCUGUAGGCAUUGAUGAAUAUUUAUAUGAUGGUUGUGGUAAGACAAUUCGUCUUACUGAUGAGAAGGAAAUGAAGGAGUUCCAUUCAACCGGAACUCUUCCCAUCAUUAUCAUUGGUCGGGGUAAGAGGCUGAGAUUUGUAAAUGUGAAAAUUGAGAAUGGUUCUCUAUUGAAGAAAUAUGCAUAUUUGAGCAACGAUAGUUCCUAUUCGGUUUCCCAAGAAGAUGGAGUCCAAGUAUCUUUUCUGGAUGAUGAUUCUGCAUAUAGAGACAGCAAAAACCCAGAUCAUUUGGAAGAAGCGUCACAUACCUCACAUGCUUCCGACUCUGCGGAAAGUGAAUCAUGCAAAAUGCAUUUUAGUUUUGAAGCUCAGGUUGUUUCCCCUGAAUUCACUUUCUAUGACAGUAGCAAGUCAUUGCUAGAUGAUUCCACUCUUGGUGAAAAUCUUCUACGUGCAAAAAUGGAUUUUAGCUUCAUGUAUGCAUCAAAAGAAGAUGAUAGAUGGAUUCGGGGUCUUCUCAAGGAUCUAACAGUUGAGGCUGGUUCUGGUCUCGUUGUUCUUGAUCCGGUGGACAUCUCUGGAGGAUAUACUUCUGUGAAAGAUAAAACAAACAUAUCGCUUGUGUCUACAGAUAUAUAUGCUCAUCUCUCCUUGGGUGUUAUUUCCCUUUUACUUAACCUCCAGAGUCAGCUCUCCACCGCAUUGCAAUUUGGAAAUGCUGACCCUUUGUCCCCCUGUAUAAAUUUUGAUCGAGUUUGGGUGUCUCCAAAAGAAAAUGGGCGUCUUAGCAAUCUGACAUUUUGGAGGCCUCGAGCUCCAUCUAACUAUGUUAUUCUGGGAGACUGUGUAACAUCAAGGCCAAAUCCUCCUUCACAAGCAGUACUGGCAGUGGGCAACACAUAUGGCCGCGUACGCAAGCCUCUUGGUUUUAAGCUCAUAGGAUUGUUUUCUGGUAUUCAAGGACUGCAGGGUGGCGAAGGCCAUUCUGAUGUUGAUUGUGACUGUUCUCUUUGGUUACCUGUUGCACCGCCCGGAUACUUGGCGCUCGGGUGUGUUGCACAUGUAGGAAGUCAACCACCUCCAAAUCACAUCGUUCACUGUGUUAGGUCUGAUCUGGUGACUUCAACAGCAUAUCUAGAAUGCAUAGUCAAUGCUUCCACGAAUUCUUCAUUUGAAUCGGGAUUUAGCAUUUGGCGUUUGGAUAACUGCAUUGGGUCAUUUUAUGCCCAUCCAUUUGAUGGCUUCCCUCCCAAAGACAGUUGUUUUGAUCUAAAUCAUCUUCUUCUUUGGAACUCCGGUCAGCAUAAGUCUUCCUCAAAAGAGUCUUCCUUGAAUUCUAUUGCUGAACAGGAACAUGCAUGUCAGCAGACGAGUAGCCAGGGUGCUACCUCGUCUGGUUGGGAUAUUUUAAGAUCAAUUUCUAAAGCAACUACACAUUAUAUGCCAACUCCAAACUUUGAGAGAAUAUGGUGGGACAGAGGUGGUGAUCUUCGCCAACCAGUCUCCAUAUGGAGACCUAUACCUCGCCCUGGAUAUGCUAUACUCGGUGACUGCAUAACUGAAGGCUUAGAACCCCCUUCUCUGGGCAUAAUAUUUGAGGCUGGCAACCCUGAAAUUUCUGCAAUACCUGUGCAAUUUACUAAAGUUGCUCAUAUUGGGGGGAAAGGCCUCGAUGAAUCUUUCUUCUGGUAUCCCAUUGCUCCUCCUGGUUAUGCUUCUUUGGGAUGUGUAGUAACCAGAUAUGAUGAAGCACCUCCUUUGGAAUCAUUUUGCUGCCCAAGGAUGGAUCUAGUUAGCCAAGCUAACAUUCCGGAGCUGCCCAUGUCAAGAUCUUCGAGCUCAAAGUCAUCUCAGUGCUGGAGUAUUUGGAAAGUAGAGAAUCAGGCUUGCACAUUCCUUGCUCGCUCUGACCUGAAAAAGCCGUCAAGCCGGUUGGCGUUUGCUAUUGGUGAUUCAAUGAAGCCAAAGACAAGGGACAACAUAACAGCCGAGAUGAAAAUAAGAUGCUUCUCUUUGACUGUUUUAGACAGCUUGCGUGGAAUGAUGACACCACUUUUUGAUGCCACAAUUACUAAUAUCAAGCUUGCAACCCAUGGUCGAUCAGAGGCAAUGAAUGCUGUACUGAUUUCUUCAAUUGCUGCAUCAACUUUCAACUUGCAAUUAGAAGCUUGGGAGCCACUUGUGGAACCAUUUGAUGGAAUAUUUAAGUAUGAAACAUAUGAUACUAAUUUACAUCAACCAUCGGGAAUUGGAAAAAGAAUGCGUAUUGCCGCUACCAGUAUUCUAAAUGUAAAUCUGAGUGCAGCAAAUCUCGAUACCUUAGAACAAACAAUUGAUUCAUGGAAAAGGCAGAGAGAACUCGAAGAGAAAGCAAUCAGACUUAUUGAGGAAUCUGCUGGUUCCAAGGCACAUGGGGACAAUUCAUUUUUGGCAUUGGAUGAAGAUGAUUUUCAGACUGUUAUAAUAGAAAAUAAACUUGGGUGUGAUAUAUACCUAAAAAAAAAUGAUAACAACUUAGACGAAGUUGAAUUAUUACAUCAUGACGAUUCAACAUGUGUCUCGGUUCCACCUCCACGAUAUUCUGAUCGAUUAAAUAUCGCAGAUGAAUCAAGAGAACCUCGUUGUUAUGUAGCCAUUCAAAUAGUUGAAGCCAAGGGUUUACCUCUUGUCGACGAUGGAAAUAGUUUAAAAUUUUUCUGUGCUUUGCGUCUGGUUGUAGAGAACCAGGAAGUUAAUCAGCAAAAGCUUUUUCCUCAGAGUGCAAGAACAAAAUGUGUUCAGCCAUUAAUUGUUAAAGUAGAUGAUUUGGACGAAGGCGUGGCCAAGUGGAAUGAACUCUUCAUCUUUGAAGUUCCUAGGAAGGGGGUGGCUAAGUUGGAGGUGGAAGUAACUAACCUUGCAGCAAAAGCUGGAAAAGGUGAGGUUGUGGGUGCAUGUUCGUUUUCAGUUGGGCAUGGUGCAAAUAUGUUGAAAAAAGUCGCUUCAGUAAAAAUGCUGCAUCAAGCAUCUGAUAUUCAAAAUGUUACGUCCUACCCACUGGAAAGAAGGGGACAGCACAAUGAUGACAUGCAUUCGCUUGGAUGCCUUUUCGUUUCUACUUCUUACAUUGAAAGGAGUACGGCCACUGACCUUCAGAAUGACAGGGGAAAUGGAAAUUAUGUUGAUGAGGAUAUUGGGUUUUGGGUUGCACUUGGUCCUAAAGGUGCCUGGGAUGGUUUUCGUUCUUUACUUCCCCUGUCAGUAAUUACCAAACAAUUGAAAGAUGAAUUUUUGGCUUUAGAAGUUUUCAUGAAAAAUGGCAAGAGGCAUGCAGUUUUCAGGGGUCUUGCUAAAGUUUCAAAUGAUUCAGAUAUCAAGUUUGAUAUUGCAACAUGUCAUGCGUCCAUGAUUCAUGGUCUGAAUCUCUCUUCCAGAACAAGCAGUCUAAUCGACACUAAUUAUUUCAACAGUACCAUAUGCCCUGGUUCUUCUACUGUUUUACCCUGGAGAAGCAUGUCCAAGGAGUCCAACCAAUGUUUACAAAUUCGUCCAUCCAUUGAUCAUACUCAAACAUUAUAUGCAUGGGGCCGUCCAGUUGCUGUGGAGAAGGACCAGCAAUCGAUUGAUCAAGGUGCACUUUCUCGACAAAACACUUUAAAACAGGGGAACAAGACCUCUAUUUCUACCUCUGUUUCUCUACUAAUGUUGAAUCAAUUGGAGAAAAAGGAUCUACUUUGGUGUUGCCCUAGUUCUGGAGGUAAACUAUUUUGGCUCAGCAUUUGCACAGACGCAUCAGUUCUUCACACAGAGCUAAAUUCCCCUGUUUAUGAUUGGAAAGUAUCAGUCAGUUCUCCUUUGAAGCUGGAGAACAGGCUUCCAUGUCCAGUAGAAUUUAAGAUUUGGGAAAGACUGAGAGAUGGCAGAAAUGUAGAACGACAGAAGGGUUUUAUAUCGUCACGUGGAACUGUACACAUAUACUCUGCUGACAUACGGAAUCCUAUAUAUAUCAUGUUAUUCGUUCAGGAUGGUUGGGUAAUUGAAAAGGACCCUAUUCUUAUUUUGGAUCUAGCAUCAAAUGGUCACGCUUCCUCGUUUUGGAUUGUUCAUCAGCAAAGAAAAAGGAGACUGCGGGUCAGCAUUGAGCGUGACAUGGGAGGAACUGCAGCUGCUCCAAAAACCAUAAGAUUUUUUGUUCCUUACUGGAUCAACAACGAUUCAUUCUUGUCUUUGGCAUAUCGUGUGGUGGAAAUCGAACCUCUGGAAAAUGCAGAUGUUGAUUCCCUUUUGGUCUCGAAAGCUGUUAAAUCUGCAAAAUCAUCCUUCAAACGUCCUUCUACUUCACUGUCUGGGAGAGAGACUGGUACAAGGAAAAACAUUCAAGUAUUGGAAGCUAUUGAAGACACUAGUCCGACACCCAGCAUGCUUUCUCCACAAGACUACAUUGGCCGUGGUGGUGUUUCGUUAUUUUCAUCAAGAAAUGAUACGUAUCUGUCCCCACGGGUGGGCAUUGCUGUUGCAAUUCGAAAUUCUGAAAAUUUCAGUCCAGGGUUGUCUCUUCUUGAGCUGGAGAAAAAGCAAAGAGUUGAUGUGAAGGCAUUUGCUUCUGAUGGAACUUACUAUAAGCUUUCAGCUGUGUUGCGCAUGACUUCAGACAGAACAAAGGUUGUGCAUUUUCAACCACACACGUUGUUUAUUAAUCGGGUUGGCCGUAGCAUUUGCAUACGGCAAUGUGAUACUCAUUUGUUUGAGUGGCUUCAUCCUACUGAUACUCCCAAACAUUUUGGAUGGCAAUCUGCAAAAGUAGAGUUGCUCAAGUUGCGGCUUGAUGGAUAUCAGUGGAGCGCACCAUUUACAAUUGGUACUGAAGGUGUAAUGUGUAUAUGCUUGAGAAAUGAGAUCACAAGUGAUGAAAUGCAUCUUAGGAUUGAAGUAAGAGGUGGAACAAAGAGCUCUCGCUUUGAAGUUGUACUUCGUCCCAAUUCAUUUUCAAGUCCCUACAGGAUCGAGAAUCGGUCCUUUUUUCUGCCCAUACGUUUUCGGCAAGCGGAUGGUUCCAGUGAUUCUUGGCAGUCAUUACUCCCUAAUGCUGCUGCUUCCUUUUCAUGGGAAGAUCUUGGUAGACAGCGAUAUCUAGAACUCUUAGUCGAUGGGAGCAACUCUAGAACAUCACUAAAGUAUGAUAUUGACGAGAUAUAUGAUCAUCAGCCAAUUGAGGUGGCUGGUGGACCUGGGAGAGGUUUACGAGUUACUGUCAGCAAGGAAGAGAAGGUCACUGUUGUUAAAAUAAGUGACUGGAUGCCAUUGAACGAACCUCCUACAAAUUUGUAUAGAAGUCCUUCAUCUUUGCGACAAAUCUCUGUAAAUAAUGCUCAGCUUAACUCUUCAACAUCCACUUCAGAUUGCGAAUUUCAUUUUAAUGUUGAAGUCGCAGAGCUUGGAUUGUCCUUGGUUGAUCAUACACCCGAAGAGAUAUUGUAUCUCUCACUGCAAGGCUUUCUGCUGUCAUAUUCGACUGGCCUUGGCUCUGGAGUCAGUAGGUUCAAAAUAAGAAUGCGUGGGAUUCAGGUGGAUAAUCAAUUACCUCUAACUCCAAUGCCAGUUCUCUUCCGGCCACAAAGAGUGGGAGGGGAGACAGAUUAUAUCUUGAAAUUUUCCAUGACACAACAGUCAAAUGGAUCAUUAGAUUUAUGCAUAUAUCCAUAUAUAGGUUUGCAAGGACCUGAAAAUACUGCCUUUUUGAUUAACAUCCAUGAGCCUAUUAUUUGGCGUCUUCACGGGCUUAUCCAGCAGGCCAAAAUUGCAAGAAUGUUUGAAACUGAAACCACUUCUGUUUCAGUUGAUCCCAUUAUUCAAAUUGGUGUCCUUAACAUCUCGGAAGUUCGGUUCAAAGUUACAAUGGCAAUGUCCCCUAGUCAACGGCCAGUUGGUGUACUUGGAUUUUGGGCUAGCUUAAUGACUGCUCUUGGGAAUACUGAAAAUAUGACGGUCCGGAUAAACCAGAGAUUUCAGGAAAACAUAUCAAUGAGGCAUAGCGUUCUAGUUGGUAAUGCUGUCUCAAACAUUAAGAAGGAUCUCCUCAGCCAGCCACUACAACUGCUUUCGGGUGUUGAUAUACUAGGUAAUGCAAGUAGUGCACUUGGACAUAUGAGCAAAGGUGUAGCUGCCUUAUCAAUGGAUAAGAAAUUCAUACAAAGUCGGCAAAGACAGGAGAAGAAAGGCGUAGAGGACUUUGGGGAUGUCAUUAGAGAGGGAGGUGGUGCACUAGCUAAAGGCCUAUUUCGAGGAGUUACUGGAAUUUUAACAAAGCCUCUUGAAGGUGCAAAAGCAUCAGGUGUCGAAGGUUUUGUUCAGGGUGUUGGAAAAGGUUUGAUAGGUGCUGCUGCCCAACCUGUAAGUGGGGUUUUGGAUCUCUUGUCAAAAACUACAGAAGGUGCAAAUGCUAUGAGAAUGAAGAUAGCAUCUGCUAUUGCUUCAGAAGAUCAACUCCUUCGUAGGAGGCUGCCUAGAGUUAUUAGUGGGGAUAAUUUACUUCGUCCUUAUGAUGAGUACAAAGCACGGGGACAGGCAACACUGCAAUUAGCAGAAUCUGGAUCAUUUUUCGGCCAGGUUGAUCUGUUUAAAGUACGUGGGAAGUUUGCCUUAACAGAUGCUUAUGAAGACCAUUUUGCUCUUCCUAAAGGAAGAAUAAUCAUGGUCACUCACAGGAGGGUCCUAUUAUUGCAACAAACAUCUAACGUUAUCGCCCAGAAAAAGUUCAACCCAGCUAGAGACCCUUGUUCAGUGCUGUGGGAUGUAACAUGGGAUGACCUGGUGAUUAUGGAAGUGACACCGGGAAAAAAAGAUCAUCCAAAUGCCCCACCUUCACGGGUUAAACUUUAUUUACGAAGUAGAUCAGAUACAAGGGAUCAAUUUCGAAUUAUAAAGUGUAACCGUGAAUCCAAUCAGGCAUUUGAGGUUUUUUCUUCAAUUGAGCAAGCAAGAUCUACUUAUGGAUCAACCCAAUCAAAGGAUUUGCUGAAAAGAAAAGUAACAAAACCCUAUUCUCCAGCCGUUGAAGUAAUUCCAAAAGGAGUUGCAAUGAACCUUGACUGGUGUCUCAGUAAUCGGGCAGGCUCAAAUGACAAGAUGUUAAGGAUGCUGGACUUAUGGAUGAGUUUUCGCUGGCAUUGA